AAGCACGUAAACAGGAAACUUGUCGCGCUAUGGGCGUGCCUUGAGAUCCACUAAAUGACCGCCUUGUCACUUUACUCCCUCCUUUUCGACUGACGGCAUCUCCCUUCCGCUGAACAGAAGAAGAAGAAGAAGCAGCAGCAGAAGCAGAACCAAACUGAAAAAAAUCCAGCACUUCCACGAGUCAGCUGAGUCAUCAGCUCUCCUCCUCGGUCCAUCCAACGCUUCACCCCGCCGGACAAGACUCGCCGCCUCUUGCGAUGGUGAAGAAGAACGUGCCGGAUUGGCUUAAUAGCUCUCUCUGGACCACUGCGCCUUCCUCUCCUUCCGCUUCUUCCUCCGACGAUCCCUCCAAGCCGGCAAUUUCCCCGAGUAAGACGACGAGUGAGCCUAAUUUCGAGCCUCCGAUUCCCGUCCGGCCUCCGACGGUUACGAGAGAGGGACAACCGCCGCCACCGCCUCCUUCCCUGUCACAGAAACCGGAGAUCAAAGAUAAGAAUUCUCGGACUAGUAUUACCAGUAAUGCUAAUAGCAGUAGCAGUAGCAGCAUUGACAAGGAUGAAGAUCGCGAUGGCGAGAAUGGCGCCUCUCCUGCUGCUGGCCCUUCCGCGGAGGAUAUUACGAAGCAGGCUCAGUUGUUGACCGAGUUGUCGAAGAAGGUAGUAAAUGUGAAAGAAUUGAGGAAGAUUGCUUCGCAGGGCUUGCCUGAUGGCGCUGGCAUCCGUUCUACAGUUUGGAAGCUUUUGUUGGGAUAUUUGUCUCCUGAGCGUUCACAGUGGUCAUCUGAAUUGGCUAAGAAGAGGUCUCAAUACAAAAUUUUCAAAGACGAGCUUCUCAUGAAUCCUUCAGAAAUCACAAGGAAGUUGGAGAAGUCUACCCUUGAUGACGAGCCAAAGUCUGAAAGUCGUUGUGUGCUAUCAAGAUCAGAGAUAACUCAUGAUGAACAUCCUUUGAGCCUUGGGAAAACCAGCGUUUGGAAUCAGUUCUUCCAGGACUCUGAGAUUAUAGAGCAGAUUGACCGAGAUGUCAAACGUACUCAUCCCGAUUUGCACUUCUUCUGUGGAGAUUCAUCUUUUGCAAAUUCUAAUCAGGAAGCUUUGAAAAGCAUAUUAGUUGUGUUUGCCAAACUAAAUCCUGGCAUCAGAUAUGUUCAGGGGAUGAAUGAGAUUUUGGCACCUUUAUACUAUGUAUUCAAAAGUGAUCCUGAUGAGGAAAUGGCCGUAAGUAAAUUGUUAUAUUUUCCAGCUUUUCACUCUGGAUUGUGCUUAGGUUGGCGUUGCAUGGUAUUUCUGCAUCUUUUGCCGUGGUUGAUUUAUUACUCCAAAAGUAUUUAUUAUUAAAAGUUUCAAAAGAUUUGAAGUUGUUGAAGCCUUUAAUCUACAGCCUAGAGUAGUUUACAUUGUUGCCAGUGAUCCAUGGCAGAGCAACAUCCUAGAACAAGCUCCUCUGAUUUUACAAAGGAAUUGACUGAUUGUUCUGCUGGCUGACUUUGUGCAGGCUUGUGCUGAAGCAGACACAUUCUUUUGUUUCGUUGAGUUAUUAAGUGGAUUCCGUGACAAUUUCUGCCAGCAACUGGACAAUAGUGUUGUGGGAAUCCGUUCAACAAUUACCAAGCUAUCCCAGCUUUUGAAAGAACACGAUGAAGAACUAUGGCGUCACCUCGAGAUCACAGCCAAGGUGAACCCGCAGUUUUAUGCAUUUCGGUGGAUCACCCUCCUGUUGACACAGGAGUUCAACUUUGCAGACAGUCUGCAUAUCUGGGACACCCUUCUAAGUGAUCCCGAAGGCCCUCAGGAGACUCUACUUCGGAUAUGCUGUGCAAUGCUAAUUCUGAUCAGAAGGCGGCUCCUAGCUGGGGAUUUCACCACCAUUCUCAAGCUUCUGCAAAACUACCCGCCCACAAACAUCAGACAUUUGCUUUAUGUUGCAAACAAAUUGCGUCAUGUACCCACUUGCUAAUUGCCCCCAGUAUGUUGUCAAUCAGUUUCGCUUUCGUUAGUGUUUUGCUUCCUCUCCUUGGUGGGGUCUCGAUGUAAAUUAUCGACUAACUGACACUCAAGUGUGUUAGCGAGAUUUGUUGCUUCUUUCGUUGGUCACUGAAAUGUUGUGUAUUUAUCUUUUCAUCUGUAGCUAAACGCCUCUAGAUGUUUGUUUUGUGUGAUGGAAUAGCUUUUGUGCUGGCGGUGUCAAUUUCGCAUUGUGUUUCCAUUC